AUGUACCUCUCUCGAGCGCUGGAGAGGCUCGGAGGGAAUGCCCUCAGUAAGGACUCGGAGCCAGACAUUGGGGCCGCCUUCUUCAAAUUUGCUGUCGUCACCAAAGAACUGUCUGCACUUAUGAAAACUUUGAUGCAGAAUAUAAACAACAUAGUCAUGUUUCCCAUAGACAGCCUUUUGAAGGGAGACCUACGAGGUGUGAAGGGUGACCUCAAAAGGCCGUUCGACAAAGCAUCCAAAGACUACGAGUCGAAGUACCUGAAAAUUGAAAAGGAGAAAAAGUCACAAGCGAAGGAAGCCGGCCUUAUUCGUAGUGAGGUGACGCCGGCCGAAAUUGCUGAUGAGAUGGAAAAGGAGAGGAGAUUAUUUCAACUGCAAAUGUGCGAGUAUCUGAUAAAAUUCAACGAGAUUAAAACGAAAAAAGGGAUAGAGUUGUUACAACACCUCGUAGAAUAUUACCACGCCCAGACGAACUAUUUUCAAGAUGGACUGAAAACUAUUGAACAUUUUGGAGUGUACGUUGCCGACCUAAGCGUGCAACUGCAGAAGAUAAGACAGCAACAAGACGACGAGAGGAGGAGGCUUCUUGAAUUACGAAAUAUGUUGAGGGCGGCCGCUCCACAGGAUAGAGAGGCCGCUGCAACGGUCGGGGGCUAUUCUCUUCACCAACUCCAAGGCGACAAACAGCAUGGUGUCACCCGUAGCGGGUACCUUCUAAAAAAAUCAGAAGGCAAAGUGAGACGGGUUUGGCAGAAGAGACGAUGCCGAGUCACAGCUGAGGGAUACUUGGAUAUUUUUCACGCGGACGAGAACAAGACCCCGGCGAGAGUGAACCUAUUAUUGUGUCAGAUUAAAGUAGCAGCGGAGGACAAGAGGGCAUUCGAUCUAGUCUCAUGUAGCCGUACUUAUCAUUUCCAAGCGGAUGAUGAGAACGAACAGCACGCGUGGACUUCAGUACUUGUGAAUUGCAAGGAAGGAGCCCUGAUGAGGGCAUUCCAUCAACAAGGGGGUGAGAGUAACGACACGGGUCAUUCGUUCCUGGAUCUGCAGAGGUCUAUCAUCAGGGCUGUAAGGUCCAUGCCAGGGAACCAGGUCUGCUGUGACUGUGGAUCUGUUAAUGAUCCGACUUGGCUGUCAACAAACUUCGGUAUAAUAGUGUGUAUAGAAUGUUCUGGAAGCCACCGGGAACUCGGUGUACACAUCUCACGUAUACAAUCUUUGACUUUGGACCGGCUUAGCACGUCACAGUUACUCCUCGCGCGGCACAUGGGCAAUCAGACAUUCAAUGACGUCAUGGAGAACACGCUGGACGAGAGACUGAAGUUAAAACCUGGUAGUACAAUGGAUGAAAGGUUAAGGUUCAUUCGGGAGAAAUAUGUGUAUCGUGCGUGGGCGGCGCGGACGUGUAGGGAUGAAGCUGAGAGGUUGUCGGAGGUUGAACACGCGGUUAACAAUGGACAUCUGCAGAAUCUAUUGCAGGCGUAUGCGGAAGGCGCUGAUUUGGCUGCCACAUUGCCAAGUUCGGACUGCGGUGAAACAGCCCUACACCUAGCAAUAUCUCGCGAACUGGGUGACGGAUCCUGCUUACAUAUAGUAGAUUUUCUAGUCCAAAACGGUGGCUCCCAGCUCUUGGAUAAGGCCACGGCCUCUGGUAUGACGGCUUUGCACCUGUGCGCGGCGAUAGAUAGGACAGAGCCGAUGAAACUCCUGCUAAAAGCUGGAGCCGAUAUUUCAGUUAGGGAUGGAAAUGGACGGACGCCAUUGCAGGUCGCGAGGCAGUUGGGACAUAUUGCUUGCCAGGAAUUGUUGGAGGGUGUUGAUAAAAGAGAAAAGAGUAUAUUUGAAAAUAUCAAUAUUGAUUGGAACUUAUCUCAUGAUGAAGGAUCAACAGACUUCUCAGAUGAUGAUACAGUGAUUGACGAACGGCAAAAUGGCAGCGUGACUCCAGAAAAGAAAUGUCCGCGUUCUCGUCCGCCUUCGUACGCGGGGGGCGGAGGGGGAGGGGAAUCCCCCGUACUCCGAUCGCGAUCGUCGACGUGCGACUCGCUUCAGCAUCCCCCUACACCUACCACGUUACCACGGAAACCAAAUGUUUAUAACCUAAACAGCUUAAAGAAGCGUGUGGCUCCCCUACCACCAGCCGUAUCGCUACCUCACCCCCACCCCCACCAUCGCUCUACACCCUCCCCCUCGCCUUCCGACUCUAGAUCUAUACAUAGUGGAACAGUGAAAUAUCGGCCUCAACAGCCGCCUCCUACACCGCCACCAACACAUUCCAUGCCUAACGGGGCACAUACAGACGAACCUACGCCGCCACCUAGAAAGAAGAAAAAUAGAUUGCAACCGGAAAAGGCUGACAAAACGAAACUGAGAAGGGAAUGUUCUAGUCAAGAUUCAUCGCUGGAGCUGUGCGAUAUAUCGGACGGGUUAGACGAUAGUCGUCUUCAGUCAGCGUUAUCGUGUGACAGUUCGCGUUCUAGGGAGAGAUCGCGGCGGAGUGACAGUCGCUCACUUGAUAUUUCUGACACCUCUAGUGUUCAUUCAAGGUCACCAUCGGCUUCUAUAACUAUGAUGGGCGGUACAAGACGAUGUAGGGCCCUAUAUGACUGUUCCGCUGACAACGAGGACGAGUUAUCCUUCCGCGAAGGCGAAGUAAUUGUGGUUAUCAACGAGAGAACUGAAGACGACAAUUGGAUGGAAGGCCAGGUAGAAGGAACGAAUCGUAGGGGAAUGUUCCCCGUCUCUUUCGUACACAUGCUACCAGAUUAG